AUAUAUCUACGAACACAUGAGAAAGCAAAUAAUAUAAGAAAGAUACAGAGAAAGUACUAAACAAACAAAAUGGCGAUAUGGCUACUCAUCUUGCUCUCUCUCUCCUUAUCUCUGCUUCUCCAUCUCCUCUUCUUCCGCCGACGUCAAUCCUCCUCUCCUCCUCUACCUCCUGACCCCAACUUCCUCCCCUUUCUCGGAACCAUCCGGUGGCUCCGAAAAGGCUUUAGUGGUCUAAACCUCUAUCUCCGCUCCGUCCACCACCGUCUCGGACCAAUUAUCACUCUCCGUAUCCGUUCCCGUCCCGCUAUCUUCAUCGCCGAUGGUUCGCUCGCUCACCAAGCUCUCGUUUUAAACGGCGCCGUUUUCGCCGAGCGUCCACCCGCUGCUCCAACCAGCAGAAUCACUUCCAGCAACCAACACGUCAUUACUUCAGGGUUUUACGGAGCCACGUGGCGUACUCUACGCAGAAACCUCACGUCCGAGAUUCUUAAUCCUUCGCGUGUGAGAACGUACUCCCACGCUCGUCGCUGGGUGCUCGAGAUUCUCUCUGAUAGAAUCCGUAAGCACCACGGAAGCGAAGAAGAACCGAUCGUUGUUGUUGAACAUUUUCAGUACGCCAUGUUCGCGCUUCUGGCACUUAUGUGUUUCGGAGAUAAGCUUGAUGAGAAACAAAUUGAAGAGGUUGGAUAUGUUCAGAGACGAAUGCUUCUUAACUUCUAUAGAUUCAAUUUCUUGAAUCUCUGCCCUAAGCUAACCAAAAUAAUAUUCAAAAGGAAAUGGGAAGAGUUUCUCCAGAUCCGGAAAGAGCAAGAAGAUGUUUUGCUCCCGCUUAUUCGUGCUCGGAGGAAGAUCGUUCAAGAAAGGAAUAAGAAAGACUAUGUGCAAUCGUAUGUUGACACUCUGCUCGAUCUAGAGCUUCCAGAUGAGAAGAGGAAGCUAACCGAGAAAGAAAUGGUCAGCUUAUGCUCAGAGUUUCUCAACGGUGGGACUGAUACAACAGCAACGACAUUGCAAUGGAUCAUGGCCAAUUUGGUUAAAAAUCCGGAAAUCCAAGAGAAGCUAUACCAAGAGAUCAAAAGUGUUAUCCGUGAAGAAGUGAAAGAGAUCGAGGAAGAAGAGGCGCACAAGAUGCCGUAUCUGAAAGCAGUAGUGCUGGAAGGUCUCCGGAGGCAUCCUCCGGGACAUUUGGUACUCCCACACAGCGUCACAGAGGACACUGUGUUGGGAGGGUACAAGAUACCAAAGGAAGGGACGGUUAAUUUCAUGGUGGCGGAGAUAGGGAGAGAUCCAUCCGUUUGGGAUGAACCAAUGAAGUUUAAGCCGGAGAGAUUCAUGGGAGGAGAACCGGUGGAUAUAACCGGAAGUCGAGGGAUUAAGAUGAUGCCGUUUGGAGCGGGAAGGAGGAUCUGUCCAGGAAUCGGGCUAGCGAUGGUGCACUUGGAGUACUAUGUGGCGAAUAUGGUGAGAGAGUUUGAGUGGAAAGGAGUUAAAGGUUGUGAAGUUGACUUGGCGGAGAAGGUUGAGUUCACUGUCGUUAUGAAGCAUCCACUUAAGGCUCGUGCUGUGCCCAGAUGAGGUUCAGAAAAUGGAGUUUCCGGGCGGUUGAAUUCGGAGGUGGUCUUGAAGCUUUAAAACUAGCUUCUCGUUAGUUAGUUUUUUUUCCCUAGAAAAAGCGUUUGAAUCUGAUCUGUCAUCUCUUGAACUUGAGUUCCACCGAUCAAACUAAAUUUUGAAACUAUCUUUUGGGUGGUUACAUAUUUUUAGCGGC